CAAUUCAAUAAUCAAGUUGCACCUAACAAAAAAGUCUUUGUUCUUAUUCACUUGCAAUGAAAAAUUUAUAUAGAGAAGAAAAAAUAUGCAUCAUUCACAGCAAAUGGAUGUUAUAAAAAUUUCGUUUUUCUUCGUCGUCUUCCUCAUAUUCAUUCCGUAUCCGAUUCGAGGUGCAGAAACAUGUCCGAUUUAUCAAUGGUGUACAAAAGAUGAACCAACAGUUCGAUUUCCUUUUACAUUAAAAGGUCGUGGUAGCGAGGUAUGUGGUUCCCCCGGUUACGAACUCACUUGUAAUGAGAUGAAUAAAACAGUACUAGAGCUUCCAUUUUCCGGUAAGUUUUUCGUACGGAACGUGUAUAGUUUUACGCAAAAGAUUGAAAUCUAUGAUCCAGAUAACUGCCUUCCAAAACGUAUUUUGAAGUUGAAUCUUUCCGGUACACCUUACGAACUUGGUGCUUCGUAUCGAAAAUAUUCGUUUCUUAACUGCUCUUCAUCGAUUGAUAGUCUGCUUAAUAUUACAAAAUUGGUACACAUCAGUUGCCUAAGUAGCUCCACACAUACCGUCAUCGCUACAAACGUUUCGAUUGCCAAUAUUGCGCCGUUCAAUACAAGUUGUUUGCUAAUUGCCGAUGUUUCGGUUCCAAUUUCACCGACUGAGGACGACGGUUCACUCGAUUUGAAUGAGAGUUUUUUUCUGUCUUGGCCAUGGCUUCAGUUACCACCUUAUCUCACUAGGCCACCAAAGAGAGGUAAACGAAGAACAAUUCUCCUAAGUACUCUUCUCAGCAUUUUCAUCGGAUUACCACUUUUGACAAUUUGCCUAUGUUUCUGCUGGCCCCCCAUAAUCAAUUGGUAUAAAUGUCUACGCGCCAGACGUGCUCGCAGGAGAGCUACUUCGUAUGCAAGCCCUGGCCCUGUUCACCCACUACCCGCAGUUAUUCCUCGACCUCCUCCGAUCGUGAGAACCGGCCUCAGUGACUCUACGAUACAAUCUUAUCCGCAGGUAAUUCUUGGCGAGAGCGGACGACUUCCUAAUCCAAAUGAUACUACUUGUGCGAUAUGUAUAGCAGAUUUUGAAGCUAAGGACGCAUUGAAGAGUAUGCCAACAUGUAACCAUUGUUUUCAUGCUAGCUGUUUAGAGCAGUGGCUUCGAGUGAAUGCAACAUGUCCUGUUUGCCGAAAAUCUCCACUUCAUUAACUGGUGCUGCUGCAGCAGCAUAAACAUUAAUAUUAAUUGUAAUUUGUAAUGUAGCGUACGCGUGUGAUUUUAAUACAAUAACUUGUACAUACUUGCUCUGGUUUCAGUGCAACA